AUGGAAGAUCAAUAAAAAAAAUUGAAUAACGAAUUAAUUAAGAUAGCAUUACUUUCUAAAUUUAAAAUAUAAAGACUUAAUCUGAUAAAUAAAUAUAGGAGUCUAAAUUAUAAAAUAAUUAAUAAAUUUAUUACUCAACCUUAUUUAAUUAAACGUAGAUUAAUUUGGAUGAAGUUAAAAGUUAAAAUAAUUGAUUGA